AAAGUGUUUCACCUCUAAUAGCAUGAGAGAGAGAGAGGGAGAGGAAGAGGGAAAGACAGAGAGGAAAGAACAGGGGGCUUACUUGAAAAACGACUAUGGUAAGGAUGUGGCAAUACUGAUGGACUCAGUGCAAAGAGUAUGCUAAAGACCCAUGUUCAGGUGUUCUUUCAGUUGAGUUCAAGAUUCCACUAAAAGUAACACUUCUACCUCUGCUGUGAAUGAAUGAACUUGGAACAUCUUUAAGGUUCCUGAAGGGACACUCCAUAAGAAAAACGUUUCUCUUCUGUUUUUAAAUGAGAACAUCCAGUUUUUGAAGACUUCCAACAGCCGGGCCGUGGACAGAUUACUUAGGACACAUCCGCAAACAGACUGAGAAGAGGUGAGGGUGCCCAAAGGAGGAAGAGGGUGAGAAAGAGGAAUUGAAAAGGUAAAAAGAGAAGAAUGAUGGAGUUGCAAUGACUUCCUUCACUGAGAAGCAACUGAACCUGCCGGGGAGGCAAGGGAUUUAAAGGCACUGACAGAGUGAGAAGACAAAGUGAAGGACAAACAGUGGAGGAAAGAGAGACUUAUCUGAACAUCCUGAUAAGAACGACUUCGCUAUGUUUCUCCCUACGGUGAUUCCACUGGUGCUCCUGCUUGUCAGUGGGCCAAGUUCUUCUCUCCAAGGAGAUGCCCAGGAGUUUGAAAGCAGAGACGAAGUCCUAGAGAGGGAGUUCCUCUAUGCAGGGCGCCAGAAACGCUCCGUGACCCUUGACCCCACCUCGCAAGCUGACAAAUGCUCCUACACCUUCAUCGUCCCGCAGCAAAAGAACACGGGUGCCAUCUGCGUCAACUCAAAGGAGCCCGAGGCGCUCCUGGAGAACCGGGUCAACAAACAGGAGCUGGAGCUCCUCAACGGCGAGCUGCAGAAGCAGCGACGGCAGAUCGAGUCGCUGCAGCAGCUGGUGGAGGUGGACGGCGGCGUGGUCAACGAGGUGAAGCUCCUGCGCAAGGAGAGCCGCAACAUGAACGCCCGGGUCACUCAGCUCUACAUGCAGCUGUUGCACGAGAUCAUCCGCAAGCGGGACAACUCCCUGGAGGUGUCGCAGUUGGAAAACCGCGUCCUCAACCACACGGCCGAGAUGGGGAGGUUGGCCGCCCGCUACCGCGACCUGGAGCACAAGUAUCAGCAUCUCUCCGUUCUCGCGGGCAACCAGAGCGCGCUCAUCGUGCAGAUGGAACAGCACUGCAAACGAGGCGGACAUGCCUACGACAUGGAGAGGGAACGGGCCCGUCCGGUUCGUCCGCAACCCCCAGUUGUCCCUCAGUUGCCCCCACAGAGGCCUGCAGCGCCUCCCAUAGCAAGCAAACCCUACCAGCCACCCACCUACACCCGCAACAACAAUCAGAUCACCAACGAGAUACAGAGCGACCAGAAUUCAAAGGCACUGCCGCCGCCUCUACCAACCAUGCCCACAGGCACCCACAGCCCUUCCACCACCAACAAGCCCUCUGGUCCUUUCAAAGACUGUCUUCAAGCUCUGGAGGAUGGCCACACAGCCACUGGGAUGUAUCUGGUGAAGCCAGAGAAUGCCAACCGACUCAUGCAGGUUUGGUGCGACCAGAGGCAUGACCCUGGUGGCUGGACUGUCAUACAGAGACGCCAGGAUGGCUCUGUCAACUUCUUCAGGAACUGGGAAACUUACAAGACAGGCUUUGGCAACAUCGAUGGUGAGUACUGGCUAGGCCUCGAGAACAUCUACUGGUUGACCAACCAGGGCACCUACAAGUUGCUUGUAAUGCUGGAAGACUGGUCUGGCCGGAAGACCUUUGCCGAAUAUGCAAGCUUCCGUUUGGAGUCCGAGGCAGACUUCUACAAGCUAAGGGUGGGACGUUACCACGGCAAUGCUGGUGACUCCCUCACCUGGCACAAUGGCAAGCAGUUUACCACCUUGGACAGGGAUCACGAUGUCUACACAGGUAACUGUGCCCACUACCAGAAAGGCGGUUGGUGGUACAAUGCCUGUGCCCACUCCAACCUGAACGGCGUGUGGUACCGGGGUGGACACUACCGUAGCCGCUAUCAAGAUGGUGUGUACUGGGCAGAGUUCAGAGGCGGGGCUUACUCCCUCAAGAAAGUGUCCAUGAUGAUUCGUCCCAAUCAGAACACCUUCCAUUAAAAUCACAGAAGCAGAAAAGAAAAGAAAUCGCAAUGAAACCUUUUUUUGAUGGGCAUUCUCUCCCUCCCAUGUGAUCCCUUUUCCAAAUAUUGAGAAUAGGUGUAAUUCAUUUCCGCUUGUGUCUUGGCUUUUUUUUCAACUUCUUUGAACGGUGUGCUUUUAUGCUUAGUACGUAUCCAGAUGAUAGCAGAAAAGUGCAAUGGGCGUAGGCGUGUUGUGAAAAUCUGUAGUAUUUUCUUUCAUCUGCAGGCAUUCAACCCUUUACGCAAAACUAGUCAAACAUUUUCUGGGAUGCAGGGUCAAAUGGUUUACGUUUUUUUCCCUUUAACUAACAGUAAAAUUCUCUCCGAACCUACAAAACGAUUGCGACUAUAGACAAAGGACCCCGGUGUUCCGUGAUCUUGCUGUCCCAAGUGACAGACUCGUAGAAAUGCAUGAAUGAAUGAAUGAAUGAGAAACAGAUAGCACUGGUAUCUUUCUUGUUCAGUUGGUGACCAAAGAUACCUGUAAAAAGUGUUUUUUUUUUGUACAUUUUUGAUUGUGAGUUAAAUAGGGAAAUAUGAUAUUGUCUUUGUAUUGUCGAUGAAGAAUAAACACACAGUUGUGAAACUCUA